UCUGGCCAGUUAACCUGCGCUUCAUUGGCAUGUUCACCGUCAAGGCAUACUCGAGCAAGUCAGCAAGUAUCACGUGCGGGAGGCCUCCGUGCGGACUGUUUGAUUCGUUCUAUGUCUCUGACCAGGCAUCGGCUAGCUGAGGAUGCGCUGAAUGCGCUUGCUUGGGAUGCGGGUGUGGGGGAAGCGGCCGGGUACGGGGAAAUCAGCGGAACGGCCGGCGUGAACGCCGUAGGACAGGUGGAUCGCGGAAUCGCGAGGUGCAUGAAUGGUCCACCUCGCCGUCGUAUCCUCCACCUCAAGGCCUAGCGAGGCGAACGCGAGGUGGGAUAUGUCACUUCCACCCUGAUGGACGAUACAAAUAUUCCUAGAGGACUGCAUCGUCCUAUGUCUCUUUGCCACGCCGCCGACGACCAUCUUUCCAAACAUCACUUCGACCCCUCGCCCACACCCGUCUGCUCCCUCAUCGACUCUCGCCUCUCGCCUCCCACCUCCGCCGCCAUCUUCCCGUGCCCAGCGACGAACAUGGAGGACCUUCGUAGCCCGCAUUUCUCUCAAGCCACGCCUCAGUCACUGCGAUCCGCGCGCUAUCCGUCGAUGAACUACCGCUCGAACACCUCUCCCAGGCCGCAGAAUCCAGCACAAGCUGACGGUUGGAAUGUGCUAGGAACCGUAUCUCCCAGACAAAUGCUCGCCGGCGCGUAUGCGUACAACAGUGGCCAAGGUCUCCCGGCCUCGAAUAUCGGAUCGCAUGGCGUCGCCGUUCAGCCCGAUGGCGGCGCCGCAGCCUCCAGCGCUGGUCUCUAUGCAUCCCAGUCGUUGGGCCGUUCAGGGUACACCAAUGUACCACCGCCUGUCGCUGCUGCUGGCCACAACCUGCUCACCCCUUCUGCAGGCCAUCAUCACCCACAUGUCAACCUUUCUACAUUGGGAGUCUCGAACGGAAUGUAUCCUGGAGGUCGCCCGAUGGCCUACGAUUCUGACGGAUACUCCUACCAGGAGCAGAACCAUCAAGCGCCUCCGUCGACGUUUGCCACGGAUGCGUCAUUCGUUCCUAAUCCCCUUGCUCAUGCACAUGCCUACUCGCCUCAGUUCACCACGCAUGAGGAGCAUCCGAACGGCGAUUACGCCAGCGCCGGCGUUGGUUAUCACGGUCAGAGAAUGGACGGACAGUUCACUGGUGGUGCACCACUCGAUUCCCGCCGCCAAAGCGGCUUCUUUGGACACAUGCUUCCCGUGAACGACACCGUCAGCCGCAGGCUAGUUCCCGACAACGGAUGGGGUAUCGCCUCUCAGCUCUCGGUCGCCACCGCCGAAGGAACGCCGAUCGUAUCGCGGAGCCGUAAUAACUAUCCCAUGUCUGCGCAGGCUGCACACAGACCGCAUCGUGCUAUGGUUGGUUCCCCUCAGGACGCUAUCCCCAGCAUACGUCCCAGCGCACGAGCCAACAGCCCCGACGAUCCAAGUAUCGUUGGAAUCCAUCUGGGCCCCGCCUUCGAUCCCUGGGAGUUUGUGAACUUCCCUGUAGAUGGCACAAUCGACUCGCAAGGUCACUCUCUACCACCAGGUAUUUGGAACACGCAGAACGUCAACGACACGGCGGCAGACUUCUCGCACCCUGUCAAUGAUGUUCACUCGUCCGAAGUCGACACUGGCCUCGGUGGUACAAUUCCGGGAGCUGCGUCCACCAUCACUGCUCCUGCUUCCUUCUCUAUCACUAGCGCGGUCAACGAUACGAUAGGCAUUCCCGACGUAGCUGUGGCCAACUUCUGGCAGUUGAACUACCUUUCGCAUCAUGGAGGUCACAGUCAUGACCCUAUCACUGGAUCGGAUACAUUCACAACCCACACGUCUCCUACGAUGACCCGCGUCGCCCAUCGACUUCAGAUGAAUCCGCGCGACCCCAUUCCCGAUCCAUUUGCACUCCUAAGCAGACCGUCGCUCGUUGUUGCCCCAGGAUCUGGUGCUCCUAUCGCCACCAGCUACCCCAGUCACAGGCCGGAUGGAGAGGAUGGCGAACGUGGUACGCAAAGCAUCGCGGACGUCUCAUUUGGAAGACCCGAUGUAGUAGGUCCAAGUCGCCGGUACCGACGACACAGUGCUUCUUCUAAGCAGAGGGGUAAUCCAUACCGGGUUGAACGCAAGCGCAGAAGCAAACAUCGUCAAAACGCAGAUGCUGUCUCACCGUAUGUCUUUGCACUCGGCUGUUACUUUCGAAUUCUUACGCUCUACAGUGCGGGCUCUGAUCCCGCGGAGAGCUCUUCCACUGCUAGCUCCGCUAUGAAAGGCGAUAGUGGCCGCGCCACCUAUGCAGAAACAGGCAUAAUUGGCUACGAAUGCCGCAUCAGUGGAACGUGUAACCACCAUUAUGGCUCGCACACUGCGAUAGAGGCCGCUCAACACCUGUCAACUUGCAUUCACUCUUUCUACAACUCGUCUAACGAGCAUCCGAAUGCCGACAAUCAACUCCAAUGUCCAUGGAUCAUGUCCGAUGGAAGGCGUUGCCGAGCAUGGAUCAAGGUCGAUAGUAACUUGAAGGGAAUGGUGAAACACGGCUUGAAGGCACAUCUCAGAAUUUACGAAACGAGAUGUUCGAAGUGCAAGAAGCCCUUCAUCUCCAAAGACUCUUGCGAACGGCACGUACGGGAGCGUGAUUGCCUCGUCUCGUGAAGAGGAUAGGCAGUUUACGAGGCCGUCCUGAUUAUGCAUUCGGCUAUGCCUACGAAGACAUACGGUCACUCCUCUAUCACUCACAGCGUCCC